AUGGAAAAACUGAAAACUGAGCUGAAUUUAAAUGACUUCACCUUUAUUAGAGAUUUGAUUAAGGGCGGUGGAAGUGCAGAUGAAAUGUGGCCAGAUGACAGUGAGAGACGUGAGAAUAAGUCUUUCCUGUAUGAGAUUGUGGUAAACCAAUGGAAUGGCGUUGAUGUGCGCAAAUGGGAUUAUUUUGCACGAGACUGUCAUUACCUCGGCAUCCCAAACAGCUUUGAUCCUCAGCGUUUGCUGAAAUCAGCUCGAGUGUGUGAGGUGAAGGGGGAAAAACACAUCUGCUACAGAGACAAGGUGGCUGAUAACAUUUAUGACAUGUUUCACACCAGAUACACUCUGUACAACCAGGCCUACCAGCACAAGAUCGUCAACAUCAUUGAAGCAAAGUAUGUUUACAAUGAUUGCACUCCAGUUUAA